AGUGAAACUUCUAUCACAAAAUGCCGUGUUAAAAGAGUAAGUAAUUAUGUACAUAUGCUGGUAUUUUACUACAAAGAAGAUUACAUUUAAAACAGUGGCCGUUAACAUAGUUUACAUGAGCUAGUUAGGUUUAAAUGCAGCGUAAAUGUGUGUGUUUUCAAAAACAGUGAAUCAUAUGCUGGAAAAUGUUGACGGCAGGUUUUGAAGAACAUCGCAAGGAUAGAAAGUUAUGAACAGACUUCUGUUUCUAAAAUUUAAAUAUUUGAUCCUUGGCGUGCUUUCAACUUCGGUUGUUUUGAAUGUAUACAAUGGCUACUUAAGGCCAAAGAAAAUAUUUGUGGUCAGUCUGCCAGAGAGGCUGGGUCCUGGCUUGGUGCGGCAUGGCCGGGUGUUCGGUAGGAUAGACCGGACCACCACAAGAUGGCCGGCGUUCGAUCUGAAGGCCGUCAGGGAAGACAUGUUGGAGAGAAGGAGGAGAAUCAAGCUGACGUGUGAGGCGAGAAACCACAGUAAAGAGGAGCCUCAGCCCCGUGCUAUCGUGUCCAUACAGAGGGAAGUUCUGUACUGCCCGGUGGAGAAGACGGCCUCAACAUUCUUCAGGCAGCUCUUGUACCAGCUAGACAACACUAACCCGCUCAGAUCACCGUUCGAAGUACCGGUCAAGUUGGUCUACGAAUGCCCCACUGCCCUGGUCUAUCUCAAGUACCUGAAACAACACCGAGAGCGAUUCCACAAAAACCACACGCUCAAGACAGUGAUGAAACAGUACACGAAACUGAUGUUCGUCCGCGACCCUUGGUCAAGACUAUUUUCCGUGUACGUGGACAAACUCUACUCCCCCAACCCGUUCUACUGGGGAUUCUGGGGGAUCAAAGCUAUCAAAAAAUUCAGGGUCGACGCCACGCAGAAGGCGCUGACCUGCGGAAAUGACGUCACGUUCAGCGAGUUCCUGAAGUUCGUGUUGCACCUGAGGAGCAUCGACAAGAACAUGGACGUGCAUCUGAACCCCAUGGCGGAGCUAUGCAAACCGUGCUCCGUCGACUACGAUGUGAUCGGGUACACCUCCACCUUCAACAGAGACCUGAUGUUCUUGCUGUCUACCCUGAACCUGACCAACGCCCAGAUUAAUUUUGAAUCUUUUGCGGACGACGUGGUGAAACAGGCGGUGGAGGACGCGGUCCUCAACCCUUUCCGAGACUGGACCAAUAAAAUCACGGCCUGCAUGACCAAAUUGGAAGCCGCUAAACGCAUCUGGAGAAAACUACAAAUCCGAAGCUUCAUCAGCUCUGAGAUUAACUUCCCAGCGAACAUCACAGAGGAGAUAAUACAAAAUAUGGACGCGUACGAUUUCAUUGAUAUUUUAUUCGAAGCCAGCCGCAGAUCAAAAUCAGACGUUAAUUUAAAACAUCAAAAAGACAACGCCCUUACUGACGCGUUCAAAGCGGUCGAUAUGAGUAUUGUUGAAGCCAUCAGAAAUAUAUACGAGUUUGAUUUUUCGUUGUUUGGGUUUGAGAGUAGGCCAAACUCUUUUUUUAGAGACGAGUCAGGAGAUCUUGAUGUCUUCAACAUCGCUAAACCGUGGAAAGUGUGAUAUACUAUAAUUUUCUAUAUCUUGUAUGAUGUUUUAUGACAAUACAUUACACUUUUACAAGCCUUUAUUUAA